AUGUCGAAGCCCCAGGUCCUCAUCUGUGGCACCAUCGUCCACGCUCACGACGAGCUCAAGAAUGACCUUGGCUCGAUCGCAGAGAUUCUGCACCUCGAUACACCCACACGAGCCGAAUUCUUCCAAGCUUGCUCUGCCGGCGGCAAGUAUGCCAACAUCAUCGCCAUUUACCGACACAACGAUUCCGUGGACAAGGUGGGUCUUUUCGACGCUGAGCUCAUCAAUGCGCUCCCUGCUUCGCUCAAGUCGAUUUGUCACAACGGUGCUGGAUACGAUCAGAUCGAUGUCCAUGCUGCCAAGGCCAAGGGAAUCACCGUUUCGCACACACCUGCUGCUGUAGACGAUGCCACCGCCGAUACCGCCAUGUUCCUCGUCCUCUCGAGCUUGCGUCAAUACUACCGUGCUGAAAUCAACGCUAGGAGUGGAAAGUGGAAGUCGGGCCUGAAACCCGCUCACGACCCCGAGGGCAAGACGUUGGGUAUCAUUGGUAUGGGAGGUAUUGGCUCCGCCCUCGCCAAGCGAGCGGCCGCCUUUGACAUGAAGAUCAUCUACUACAACCGAAACCCAAACCCAAACGCCGACGCCUCUUACACAUAUGUUGAAUCUCAGCAACAACUGCUCGCUCAAUCCGACGUAGUCUCGCUCAACCUUCCGCUCAACAAGCAAACCGAAAAGUCGUUCGGCAAAGCCCAAUUCGACCAGAUGAAGGAUGGCGCCAUCCUCGUCAACACCGCUCGUGGAGGUGUCGUUGAUGAAGAGGCCCUCAUUGAAGCGCUCAGCAGCGGAAAACUUUCCAGCGCUGGCUUGGACGUCUACCCCGCAGAGCCAAAGAUCGACGAACGUCUGGUAAAGAUGGACAACUGCAUUUUGUUGCCACACAUGGGUACCGAGACCGUCGAGACACAGAAGAAGAUGGAGGUUCAGGUAUUUGGAUCCAUCAAGACUGCCAUCCAGACCGGAAAGCCCAGCUACAUUGUCAAGGAGCACAAGUGA